AUGGCUGAUCACUGGCAAGAUAGUAGCUUGUCAAAUCUUCACAUACGAGAUGAUAAUGAUGAUGAUGUUCCUGAUGCUUGGGAAGAUGAAUUAGAAGAAAAACCUAAAAAGUCCGACGUAGAAGAAAAACCAAAAGCACCUGUAAAAGCACCACCAACAACAAAAAAUAAACAAAUUAAAAAAAAAUAUGGUGGUGAUGAACCUACAAGUGAUGAAGAAUUUCUUGAAUCCUUAAAAGAACCUGAUCGACAAUAUACAGCUGAAGAACUUGAUGAAUUAAGGAAACGUGCUGAAAUACAAAAAGAAGAAGUUAAAUUAAAAAUGGCAACAGAUUUUAUUGGCACAAGUGGUGAACGUCAUUCGUUAGAUAAUACUAAUUUAAUAACAAAAGAUGAAUUUCUUGAUUAUAGUUUUCGUUUAUAUAAUCGUCUUGAUCUUUUAUCAAAAUCAGAAUUUUAUAAAGAAUUUCUUGAUGAUUUACUUACUGGAUUGACAAAGCCAAUAUCACUCGAUAGUGUUAAACAUAUACAAGCGACAUUACAUGCUAUAUUAUUACGUAAACAAAAUGAAGAACGUGAAAAAAAACAAAAACCUAAAGCAAAAAAACCGGUUAAACCACAAUUAACAGCAGAUCGACGAAGUGAAAUAGAUUCAUUUGUUGGUGAAGGUAUCACUAGUCUUGACAAAGAUGAAGAUUAUGAUGAAGAUAAUGAUUUUAUGUAA